AUGCUGUAUUUCAUUCUGUAUGGACUGUUCGUGUCUUGUCAAGGUUUACAGAUGUACAUGGAAAGAAUUCCUGGUCAUGCAGUCUGCGGGGAACUCCGAUGUUGGAACGACGCCCAACCUGAUGGCAACAUCUUCAGCACCACGUCCAUCUCUCUCUACGAUGUCACGGAACCGGGAUCCUCUAUCAAAGUAGCUUCCAUUUCCGCUAAUGCGCCUGGUCUGUACAUCAACCAAUCAAAAGCUCAGGAUCUCAGCGGAAGCGGAAAUAUCUCCAGAUACUCUGCGGAUCUGUCUCUAAGCUUCCGAAACAAUGCUGACUGCGUGUCUGGGAGUUUCUUGUGUGAACUAGAGUUUGUAAACACAGAUGGUGCAAUAGAUACUAUUAGUCAGAAAGCAGCUUCGGAAAGCAACACUGCAGCACAGGCUAACAGCACUAUAUCUCCGGCUAGCAGCACUGGAGCUACAACUAGCAGUGCAUGUUCAUGUUCCGCUCUGACAUCACAAAUAUCUGAGCUAAGCGGACGUCUAGACCAGGUGGAGAGGGACACAGCCGAACUGAGGUUGAACAAGAGUCUCCUGGAAGCGGAGUUGGCUUCAUUGCGACAGCAGAACACACAGAUCCAGAGCAACUUCAACCACCUGUCCCAACAAGUAUCUGAGAUCCAGGGUUACCUCAACGCCUCAAGCGUGACGACCGGCGCCCCCAGCGUGGCGACCCAGGCUACAAGCGUGGCCACCCAGGCUACAAGCGCUGUGACCUCAGCGCCGAGCACGCAGAAACCCGUUCAAACAAUUUCAGCAUGCACAAAAGGGGUGACGCACACGAGCUCCAGGGAAAAGUUCCUACUGUGGAACAAAGUUGAAGCUCUGUGUGACACCGAUACUGAUGGUGGCGGUUGGAUUGUCAUACAGAGGCGAGUACAUGGAGAUGUGAACUUCUAUCAGGACUGGGACAAUUACAAAAAUGGAUUUGGAAGUCUUGACACGGAUUUUUGGAUUGGGAAUGAGAUCAUUCAUAAUCUCACCUCACAGAGCUACAAUGAACUUAGAGUUGACAUGGAACUCAACGGAGUCAGGUAUUUUGCUCAUUAUUCCAUCUUCAACGUGGACAACGAAGUACUGAAUUACAGAAUGACUGUCAGCAGUUACAGUGGCAACGCUGGAGACAGUUUGGCCUACCACAAUGAGAUGAUGUUCAGCACUCUAGACAGGGAUAACGACAAGGAUUCACGCAGCUGUGCUACCCACCAUACAUCAGCCUGGUGGUACAAAUCCUGCUACAGAUCCAACCUGAAUGGUAUCUGGGGCAAAAACGCAGAAGGAGGGGUCAUUUGGCAGGGUAUUAGCACUAGCCAUAGCCUCACGUUCACAGAAAUGAAACUUCGCCAUGUGUAA